AUGUCUGGCUUGUACGCUCUGCUCAAGCGGCUCUAUGAUCUUAACUACCCGCCACAUGCUCCAGAAAAGCGUCCCGAUGCACUGCGCUUUGGGAUCCUGGGCGCAGCCCGCAUUGCUCCAAAUGCACUCAUCACGCCUGCAAUUAGCCAUGCGGACGUUGUAGUGAGUGCAGUGGCGUCCAGGGAUCGCGUCAAAGCCGAGGCGUACGCGAAGAAACAUUUGAUCGCAAAGGUAUACGCCGGAACAGGCUGUUACCAAUCCUUGAUUGACGACAUCGAUAUCGACGUCGUCUAUAUCGCACUUCCGAACGGGUUGCAUUUCGAGUGGACAAUGCACGCGCUCAACCAAGGCAAGCAUGUUCUUGUUGAGAAGCCCAUGGCCGAUACGGCUGCCGAGGUUCGAUACUUGGUCGAUCUCGCAGCGAGCAAGGGCCUCGUUCUCCUUGAGGCAAUCCAUCACACCUUCCACCCCUCCACCCAGCGCGUCAAAGAGAUCAUCGACAGCGGCGAACUUGGCAAGGUCACCCACAUCAGCGGAGAUUUUGGCGUUCCUGUACAGGCGGAUAGUCUGUUAUUCCUCAAGGACGACAUUCGAUACAAUUAUGACCUAGGCGGUGGCUCUGUGAUGGAUCUCGGCGUGUACCCGCUGUCAGCUAUACGUCACUUUAUGGGCAGCGAACCAGUCAAGGUCUCCAGCGCAACAGCCGUUGGCCACGCUUUGGACCCCUCUCGUAUUGACCGCGCCAUGACCGCCAAGCUCGUCUUCCCCUCGUCGGUUGAAGCGGACCUCUACACUGACUUUGCCAUGCCCGGCUGGGGUCCCCUCCAAAUCCUUCCUCGAUCAUUCAGAGUCAGCGUUCAUAUCCAACUCGAGCGUGGGGAAAUUGAGUUCUACAACUACAUUUUGCCGCACGUGUUCCAUAGCAUCACUGUGAAACCUCGGGACGGGCCGCAGCGUGUGGAAAAGGUGUACAGUUUCAAACAUGGUUUCGGGAAGGAUUGGUGGUCCACCUAUCGGUACCAACUCGAGGCGUUCGUGGACAAGGUUCGAGGCCGCACGCCACAAACCUGGCCACCUGCGGAGGAACCCGUGCUUCAGAUGCAAUGGGUGGAGAGCUUGUACUCUGCUGCCGAGAUGCCUAUUCGUCCAGUAUCUGCCGCGUUCUCGCGUCUUGCCUAG